UGGUGCGUGUAGUGUAACAUAAUUUCUAACGAAACAUGUCAACCUUAAAAUACUACGAAGAAUUAUAAAUACUAGCUUCGACCUAAGAAAUUAGAAGAUUGUUUUCUUUUUCCUGGUUGACCGUUUGAAUUAAAGUGUUCGUAUUGGAGUGCUUAAAGGGACUAAAUCUGCGGAACAGGCAUAUUAUGGCCGGUGAGGCAUGCACCAGUGGCAAUAAAAGGAGAAAUAAAUUUUCUAGGCAGGGAUCUAGUAGAUCUGGAAAGGACUCUGAGAUUGAUGUGGAUAGUAGGGGCUCAGUGAGCCUUGCCGGACCACAGACAACCAGAGGUGGUAUUCGAAUAUACAAGAUUGUGGUGCUUGGUGAUGGAGGAGUAGGAAAAUCUGCCGUUACUCUGCAAUUUGUGAGCCACAGUUUCCUGGAGUACCAUGAUCCGACAAUCGAGGACUCGUAUCAGCAGCAGGCGGUUAUUGAUGGAGAGCCUGCUUUGCUGGAUAUACUGGACACUGCAGGACAGGUGGAGUUUACGGCGAUGCGCGACCAAUAUAUGCGGUGCGGCGAAGGUUUCCUGAUCUGCUACAGCGUGACGGACAGACACAGCUUUCAGGAGGCAUUGGAGUACAGAAAGCUUAUCCAGAAGGUCAGGGCCAGCGAGGAUACGCCGUUAGUACUAGUCGGGAACAAGUUUGACCUGCAGGUACAAAGGAAGGUAACAACUGAGGAAGGUAUGCUGCUUGCGCGCCAGUUCGGUUGUCCCUUCUACGAGACCUCCGCUGCGUUGCGUACAUUCGUCGACGAUGCAUUUCACAUGUUAGUCAGGGAAAUUAGGACCAAAGAGAGACUAGGGAUGGGAUUGCCAUCGGGAAAGAAGACCAAACGGCACAGCAAAUGGUGGAGGCUGAGGAGUAUAUUCGCGUUGGUUUUCAAACGAAAACGCAACACGAAUUACAGUACAUAAAUCGUUAUUUGUUUCGCAUUAUUUCCCAAUUUUAGUCUACUUUUUAAGCAUUCAAUUUACAGAUGGAGCACCGUAUUUAUCUAUCCAUUCCAUUCUUUUGCUAAUUAAUUUAUUUUAAUACUGGUAUCUUUACAAUAUUAUUCUACUUCAAGUGCAAUUUGCGAAAUACUAGUCAUUUUUUCUAUAUAUGUGUAUGUGUUUGUUCUCGUUAAUAUUUAUUGUCUCAAAAAUUCUAGGUACUCUGCGAGGAAUCAUUUAGUUAUAGUAAUUUAUUUAAAAUAUAUUUUCUAGUCAAUUUUUGUUAGUCAGUGAUUCAAAGUUCUAUGCACAAAAGGGUACAAUUUUCUGAUUGUUAUGAAUAUUGAAAAGUUGUUAUAAUCAGAUUUCCGCAGAUGUGUUCUCUACUUAAAUCAGCUUAGUAAUCAUCUAAUUUAUCCCAUUAAAACAAAACUCAAUGUUUGAAUAUUUUAUUUGUUAAAGUGUUCUGUUUCUUGUUAUUUCUUGAUUGGCGCAUACAGAGAAUUUAAAUAUGCUGAUCGCUUACAUUUUAUCUUGCUGAAAGCAUUUUAAUUUAAGUUGUUAACUGCAUUAUGAUGUUAAAAAUUGUAUUUCUAUAGUUACACCCAUAAUAAUUAUAAAGUCGCUCACCAGCAUUUCACUCGAAAUUCGAGUGGUUACCGCCUUACGCUGUUAUGCUGACAUUGAUUGGAAAGUACAACUAUAUCGUAACGAGGCAAUAUUAAAGCACAAUAUAGAAAUUAUAUAAUAAGCUUAUCCAUUGUCGGAUAAACAAGCAAACACAUAGGAUUUUUAUUGCAUAAACAUACGUUUAUGUGGGAAAAAAAUUGAACAAAUCUAUAUUUUCAGUCAGUUUCGUUUGCGGAUAUUAGUAUGCGAAAAUCUAUCUUUUAUUAUCUUAAUAAAUAAUAGUUAACAGAUACGCUUUACACUAAUAAUAUUAAUGGCAAUAAUCUUUGAAUAUAAAAUCAAUAAAUAUCACGCAAGCAAAAUAUUAUAGGACAUACAGCAUAUACCUCUAAAGUUACUUACAAAGCGUGUACAAAGUAAAAAAGUAUUGCAAAAUCAAAAGAAGAGAAAUACGAUUGCAACACUAUUGGUAUAUUCAAAUUGAGAGUUAUAUUUUUUAACGUAAAUAAUAGAAAAUAUACAAAUAUAUUUAUACAUUUAUUUUAGCCAACCAAAGAGUACUGAAUAACGUAAAUAUCAAAUAGUUAAUAUAUGAUCGCAAAAUGCCAAGUCAUUGUUUCGCAUUUAAUUUUCGUUAAUUUCCUGUAUUGUUAUGAUUAUAUUAAAAUAUACGCGUAAUUUUAAAACAAAUAAUUUUAUUAGUUAGGAUGUAGUUAAUAUGCAUGUAGCUGUGAAUUUUGAAUAUUAAUAGAAAGCGAAUCGCUAAAAUAACUAUUCAUUAUGACGUUUUCAAGUAAUAAAUGAAUAUUUCUAAAUAAUUUCUACUACGUUUAUUUGUGAAAACCGAAAUAUACUAGAUGUUUGUUGGACAGCGACAAUUCCAUAAAAAAAAUAAUAUAAUACGCUUAUACAUUGACUGUGACAAAUUUGACACUUAUUGGUAGCUUUGAUUUAAAUAAUUUUAUUCAGAAUAUUUUUUUUUGUCGUUGACCGAAAUAACUGUCAUCCGUAAUAUGAAUUAACGUUAAUUAAAAUUUCAGUUUCUUCUUACAAUUAAUAUACUGUACACAUUCAUGUAUUAAUGGCAUAAGUGUAACCAUUAUAUUAAGACUUGAUGAUUAUUCAUGAUUAUGUCCAAUUAAUAUUUUCU